AUGGAAUCUUCACCACAGGAAAUUACUACCUCUCAACAACAAGUAGUAUUAUCGGAACCAAUGUCUUUUGGACAAUUAAUGAAGAAUUUUGGCAAAGAGUGUUUGGCAGGAAGCAUUGGUGGAAUAUCGGGAAUAAUUGUUGGACAUCCAUUAGAUACCAUCCGUGUAAGGCUUCAAACACAAACAAGUUCCUCAAAAUUUGGAGCCAUUCACUUUUUGAAAGAGGCUGUUGUCAAGGAAGGAGCUCGUUCUCUCUUUAAGGGACUACUUUCUCCUCUCAUUGGAGAAGCCAUCAAUAAUUGUAUCUUGUUUGGAGUCUACAAUGGAUUGCUUCCGAAUGUGCUCAAAACACUCCUUGGCUCGAAUUUGAGUGAGGAAGAACAGACUAUGAUUCGUAGAAGCUCUAUUCCUAUUCAAUUUGUGAGUGGUUCAUUGGCUGGAUUUUGUAUUGCUUUUGUGGUUUGUCCAACAGAGCUGAUAAAGAUUAGACUUCAAACCUCGACCGAUCAUAUCAAAACAAGGUCAACUUCUGGUACUUUGGGAAGAAGAGGAUUUGUGGAUUGUGCUAAAUUUAUUUGGAAAUAUGAAGGAGGUUUAAGGGGAAUUUAUCAUGGUUUUUCGUCGACUCUGAUUCGAGAAUUGAGUUUUAAUGGAGUUUACUUUGCAACCUAUGAACAAUGCAAAACACGAUUUGCUCGAUAUUUGGCUGUAAAGCAGAUGGAAGGAGGAGCAGAUGAGGAGCAGAUUAAGAAGAAGACUGAAGAAAUGCGUUCUGAUCCGAGAGUUAUUUUGUCCAGUGGAGGAUUGGCAGGACUUGGUGCAUGGGGCCUUUGUUAUCAAACAGACGUAGUGAAAAGUCUCAUUCAAUCACGAUCUCCAGUUGCAGCUGCCAAAGGAGAAUACAGUGUCAAGGUGCUUGACGUUUUUAAUGAGUGUAGAAAAUCUAAAUCUUUAUUUAAGGGACUAACACCUACCUUGGUCCGUGCAGUUCCAGUGAAUGCCGUAACUUUUUUGAUGGUGGAAGCAAUUUCCACAUACUUGAACGACCUUUAA